AUGACCCUCAAAUGGAUCCAAAAUCCUGAUGAAUUCCGAGAGGUCAUCAACAGGGACGAACCAACCCUCAUCUACUUCACAGACACUAGAAAAGGACCUCCUGGCCCGGAAUUCGCUGCUCUGUCGACUGAUAAACACCCCGCAGCACAAAAGGAGACUUUCUUUGUGGAUUUAGGUGCAGAAUAUAUCCCAGGCGUCCCGAGCCAGGCUUUCGUGACGAUUCUGUAUCGUAAUGGCCAAGAAUUGGAUACUGCUGCAGGUGGAGACAUGUCAAAGUUCUUUGAGCUUAGUGAGAGAGUUGCGGCAGGGAAUUGA